AUGCACCCCUGUGGGGAUUUGCGGAUCAACGACAAGGAUCAUGUUGGACGUUCUUCCCAAUUGUCCAGCUCCUCUGCUUUCAGGUCCAGGGUCUCCCCCCAUCGUGAAGGCGCGGAUAGACGAAGCUCUGCCCACUCACACCACCGAGUUCCAUCAAACAAUAUGUGCACAGGCAGUGUUUCAAGAGUGGGCUCGCCGUCACAAGCUCAAGCAUAA